AUGAAAGACUUAUGUCUUGUACAAGAAGCAAUGGCUUCUAAAUUGAUACAAGAGCAUAAAACCAACAUUCUCAAUGGCCCUUUGAGAUCUAAUAGUAGUCUAUUUAGACUAUUACAUCUUCAGAGCCUAGAUCUUAGUGCAAAUAAUCUUUCGGGUAUUCUACCAUAUUCCAUUAGCAACCUAAAAUAUUUGAGGGUUUUGAGUCUUGGUGCUUGCAAUCUUUUUGGAAAUAUUCCUUCUUCACUUGGAAAUUUUUCUUAUCUCACUGAUCUCGAUCUUUCUGGUAAUGAUUUCACCAGUGAACUACCAGAUUCGAUGGGCAACCUAAACCGACUAAAAGAUUUGCAGCUUGUAUUGAACAAGCUCAGUGGGAACUUUCCUCACGUGCUGCUCAAUAUGAGCGAGCUCAUU